AUGACGCCUUUGGCUGAUUCUCCGGCUAGCGAGGGUGUACCUACCAUCGAGGGCGAGGUGAAGUUGCAUAUGAUUUCCAAAGGAGCCGGCAUGAAGAUGAUGUCCUUAUCGGAAGUGCUUCUGCGUUUCGAUUACGAUGGCGAGUGGCAUGAGCUGCAACUCUCCCCAGCCAUCGGGUUUCAAAACAACAUGUUCGCCAUGAACAGCUUCGGCAUGC